AUGCUCGUUUCGUUAUAUUUAUGCGCUUUGCUGACGUUGCUCCUGCGUUCACCAUCCAUCGUUGAUGCCCCUCUCCGACGUCUCGAAUUGGGCGUGCAGUUUCGCACCAAGAUAGGCAAGAGGCCGCACGGAACUAGCUCCCUGCGCGACAUUCGCCGCAGUCACUUCCAGGAGUUGACUAACGAGCGUUGCAAGCUGUCGAAAGGAGACAACAAGGUCAUCCACGAUGCGAAGAUGCUUUUCGUGAGCAACGUUGACCCAGAGAUAACGCAAGACGCACUUGACUACCUGAUACAUUACAUCCAUGGCCCUUUAACGAGCUCCACGAAGCUUGUGAAGGAUCGUUAUACACAACGCCACCGGGGUUACGGGUUUAUAAGGUUCUCGACACCUGAAAUCGCAACGAGAACCUUGCUGUCGCUGAAUGGAGCACGGUUAGGUAACCGUCAAAUAGUGCUUUCGGAAGUCAUAUCGUCUCUGUACCAGCGUAAGAAGAUGCCCUCCAUCCUCCAGGCUGCAAAGCGCAUUAUACGGAAAAUACAUAGUCGCCCUGACAAAGCGCAAGAAGUGGACAAAUAUGAUGUAGCAUUUCUACCAAUCGAGCGAUAG